ACGGAGAAACGCUCCCACCAAUGGGAGUCGAGCAGGCGUGGCUCCGGUCGGCUAGACACUCACGUGGGCCUGAUGUGUUGUGUUCCGGAGGAGUAAUGGAGGGGCUCACGAGAAACUGGAGCAAGUGAUUCUUGAACAUAAACAUCAAACCUUCAUUGUUAAUGUGGAAAAAAGCAGCGGAGCAUCUAGAUUGUGGAUCAGAGCUUCAGUAGAGGUGGGCAGUGGUUGGAGGAGAACCUGCAGCGGGGAAUGCCGGGAGGAGACGGCUUUCCCGAUGGAGAAGAGGAGAACUCUUCUCCAGGCUCCAGCAAGCAUGCGGGGCAGACGGACCUAACUACCAGCGGGCAGGACCCCGGGACCAGCAGAACCAGAUCUGGUUCAGGUGAGGAGGAAGAGGCUGAGGAGCAGCGAGGAAGAACCAGCAGAGGGGAAAGCUCAGCAGGGUGUGAGGAGAGCGGAGGAGAGCAGACGCACGAGGAUGUGGACAUGAACAGCGGCCAUGACUCCAGCAGCGGAAACGACAGCGUCAGUGGGUCACGACAUCAUCAUUCACCGGCCAGUCGCAGCCCUGGAAGCACCACGGGAUCAGGAAGCACCAAGAGUGAGCAGACGGAGCGCGGCCGUGAGCAGACGCACCGGGAGAUGAUGCAGACGGUGCAGGAGAUGAAGAAACGGCUGCCGUCUGAGAAGAGAAGCCGCAGUAAAGCCAGUACUAUAGAGGCACUGAACUAUGCACUGAAAUGUGUCAAACAAGUACAAGCAAACAGUGAGUACUACAACUUACUAAUGAGCAGCGGACUGGAGGAGAGACGAGAGGCUACUGUGUGCACGCUGGAGGAGCUGGAGGGAAUCACAUCAGAACACACACUGAAAAACACUGACACGUUUGUGGUGGUCUUCUCUCUGGCCUCCGGGAAGGUGGUUUACGCGUCCGAACAGGCCUCCACGCUCCUUCACUGCAAGAGGAAGUUUCUGGAAUCUGCCAAGUUCGUGGAGCUGCUGUACCAUCAGGACGUCAAUGUGUUUUACUCGCACACGGCGCAACUGCAGCUGCCACCCUGGAACGUGGGCACAGACAGCGCGGCGGUUCUGUUUGAAUGUGCCCAGGUCAAGUCCUUCUUCUGUCGAAUCAGAGGAGGGAAGGAUAGAGAUGGAGAAAUGCGUUAUAGUCCUUUCCGGAUCACUCCGUACCUGCUGAAGGUUCAGGUGUUGAGCGGAGAGGAGGAGCCGUGCUGUCUGGCUCUGGCCGAGCGCAUCAUCUCAGGAUAUGAGGCCCCUCGCAUUCCCAUGGACAAGCGCAUAUUCAGCACCACUCAUUCGCCAGGCUGUGUCUUUUUAGAAGUGGAUGACCGAGCGGUGCCUUUGCUCGGCUACCUCCCUCAGGACCUGAUCGGUACCUCAGUUCUGACCUGCCUGCAUCCAGACGACCGCCUGCUCAUGCUGGCCAUGCACCGCAAAAUUCUGAAGUAUGCAGGCCAGCCUCCGUUUGAACACUCGCCCAUCCGCUUUCGGUGUCAGAACGGCGACUACAUCACCCUGGACUCUAGCUGGUCCAGCUUCAUCAACCCUUGGAGCCGAAAGGUGGCCUUCAUCAUCGGCAGGCACAAAGUUCGCACUGGACCUCUGAAUGAGGACGUUUUUGCCACGCGGAGUAAAGCCGAGCAGCCGAUCAUGUGUGAGGACAUUAAAGAGCUGCAAGCCAUGAUCUACAAGCUCUUCCUUCAGCCGGUUCAUAAUAAUGGAUCCAGUGGCUAUGGCAGUCUGGGUAGUAACGGCUCCCACGAGCCACCAUCAGUGUCGUCGUCCAUCGACAGUAACGGAACCUCUGGGACGAUUCACACAGAGAACCAAGCACGGCUGAAAACAAAUAAAUGCAAUGAAAUUUUGGAAAAGAAGUGGGCCAGCAGGCGUCUGGACUCCCGGAGGAAGCUCACACCUUUAGGACCAGCCACUGCAGUGGCGGCAGCAGGUGUUCAUCCUAACACGAGGCAGGGUUUGAGAAUUAGAGAUCAUCUAAAGCAGUCUCUGCAAGAAGCACGGAAACAGCCACACAUUCCAUCCUACCAGCAGAUCAACUGUGUGGACAGCAUCAUCAGAUAUCUGGAGAGCUGUGCGACAUCUGCUCUGAAACGAAAGAGCGAAUCUUUGUCCAUAGCUACAUCAUCUUCUUCCUCCAUGUCUGAGGAAGACAAACCCGCAGCAGCCGCACAUGAAGACGAAGCUGCGCUCGAGGGCGCCGGGGCUCUGGACAGCCAGGUGUCUGCGGGCUCGGCCACGACGGCAGCGGUGGUGGGAGCGCCGCUCACAGACAUCACAAUCUCCACAGAAGCCAUGAGCGUGGUGUCCAUCACCAGUCAGUGCAGUUACAGCAGCACCAUAGUGCACGUACCCCAGCCCGAGUCAGAGGUCACUGCCUUAGAAGAUGCUCCAAUGGGUAGCGAGCCAACAGACUCCGCCCCCACCCCUGCACGCCCCGCCCCCAGCACCUCCUCAGCGGCUCAGGAGGAGUUACUCGUGGUGGGUCUUACUAAAGAGGUGCUGUCGGCCCACACGCAAAAGGAGGAGCAACAAUUCGUGGAUCGUUUCCAACAUCGAAUCCUGCAGAGUCCCUACAGCUCCUACCUCCAGCAGGACAACAGCAGCAUGGCCCAUUCUCAUCACAGAGGUGAUGUUGUGCGUCCUCCCAACAAACACAAGCGUCCCAAACCAGAAGACUCAUCCGACAGCUAUGGCUCCCUGCCGGGCAACUACUGGUCACCUCCCGGCCCCACAGGAGCGCCUCAUUCCUCCUGGCCUUCCUCAGAGUCCUCUCAGCCCCCGCGGUCCAACAUCGGCUUUGUGCCGCCCAUGGCAGUGCCCAUGCAAACGGCCCCUUACUUCACUGUGGUUGGUGCGAAUCAGCAGCCCAUGGUGGUCCAGCCUGACCAAGGUGUCCAGAACCUCCAACCCAUGCAUCCCCUGGACUCCCACACGAUGGUCCCCACUCACACACAACCCCCAAUUCCAAAUGUCACAUCAGCAGAGAUCGAACAAAUACCCUCACCACGCCAGGGCCCAGUCCUCCCAGGGUCCCCACUUUGUCAACAGGAGUCCGGGAGUGGACGACAGGAGGAUGCUCCCAGCGAGUCGGGUAACCAAGACGCCCAUUCUACCUCCAGUGAAAUGCUUGACCAGUUGCUACAGGAGGACGCCCGCUCAGGAACCGGCUCAAAUGCGUCGUGGGGCUCCGGGUCAGGACUCGGUUCUAACGGAACAUCCACCAGCCAUACAGACAGCAGCAACAGCAGCAAGUACUUCGCCAGCAACGAUUCAUCAGACACAUCGCGGAAAGCUCGCAAGUCUGCGGAGGCCCAGGAACAUGAGCGUGCGACCUUCACAAAGCACGUGGACAAUCCGUUAUGGAGCAUGAUCAAGCAGACGCCCAAACCUGUCAUGAUGACCUAUCAGAUCGGUCCCAGGGAUCCGGCGCAGGUUCUUCAGGAAGACCGGCAGAAGCUGCUUCUGAUGCAGCCCAUGCAGCCCUGGUUCACCCAGGACCAGAAGAAGGAGCUGGCCGAGGUGCAUCCCUGGAUCCAUCAGCACACCGUCCCACAGGAGAUCAACACACAGUGUUGUGUGAGUUCCACCAUGGAACCGGGCGAGGAACUGAAUCUUCAGACUGACUCUCCAAACCCUCCGACUCCUGACAGCUCCUGUCCGCAAGACUGUGCGUCUCAGGACGCCAGACCCAACACCGACACCUGACCGCAGACCCUGCUGGACCUCCGGCCUUCUGGGACUCUCAGCUGGGAAUCGUGGGAAGAGACAGACGCCCGCAUCUGCGUGCCAGUGUCUCAUAUUUCCCCCUGAAGUCACGAAAUGAGGCGAGCCCUUUGCACUGGAUCAGACCACGUCAGCGUGAGUUUGGACACCCGCAGGAGACGUACAGUGAGCAGCGGCCUUCACAUGACCAUGCAUUUCUCUCUGCUUUUCUCCGUUACAGUCCAUGUUCCCAAACAACUGUGAAUAUCAGACUAUAAUUUGGUAGUGAUGUCACCAGUGUGGGUCAAAUGUUUUUUUUGUUGUUGUUGUUUUUUUUUAAGAAAACUUUUUGUUAAUUAAUAAUGUGUCCUCUACUGAAUCUUGCAGGCUCAGGAGGGUUCAUGAAUGAGUUUCCUGACCACUUGCGCAGAUAUUAAUGCGUAUGAAUGUCCCACAUUGCUGAAACAUCCCGUGCAGUUACUAAAGAACAUAAGCAUCCACCGCCAAAAACUAAAAGCGUCUACAAAUGGAAAUGAGUGUUAUUUGGUCCAGAGCACAAAGAUCUUCAUGAUUUGGAUGAGGCCUUAAAUGAGUUUUUCCGUCAGUGUGUUUAUUUAUUUUCUGUUCUCCGUUUCAAAUGUUUCUUCCACUGUGCAUGUGACUGAACAAUGUCAAGCAGUGUCUAUUAUGGUAUGGUAUAAAACAAAAGUAAUGGUGUAAUUGGAAUAUACAGACAUUUUUCUCUUUUGUUUAUGUUAGGUUGAUAGCUGAACUUAUACCUUGGUCACAUUUCACCACAAAAUAAAAUAAAAAAGAUAUAUACAAUUUACAUUUU